AUGGCUACUAACCCUAUACCUCAAAAUAUUUCAUGUCUCGAAACACUUGCAUUAAAUGUUCUUAAAAAUUCAUCUCCAAAAAAAAUUGCAAACGAUAUUAAUAUACCCGAACUAGAUCCAUGUUUUUUAUGCAACCAAGAACUUUUUUUAUAUGAAAUAAAAAAGCCGAUUACUUUACUUAUCUGUGGCCAUAUAUAUCAUCGUGAUUGUAUCGAAACUUCUAUCAAGAAACAUUCAAUAUGCCCAAAGCCCGAUUGCAAGAAGGAGGUAGAAUCUACAGUUGACAGCAUGCCUGGAAGUCAGAAUAUUAACGAUUUGAUGGAUAUAUCCCCGUCAUUAUUUACUGACCCCCUCUUCGCCGAAGAACAAGUGGGGACCACAAAUCAGGAAGUUAUUAGAAGCUAUUUUGUGUUUGGGAAAAAACUUGAGGAUAGGUUUGAGUAUUAUAAAAAAAGUAAUAGAGACCGUAAGGCUAAGAAAAAACUUAUCGAUGAGGUCACAGAACAGCUCCCCAACGACCUCUUGAGGAAUGCAAUCGAGAAAAGACUAGAAAGGGCAAGGAAGAUUUACUACCUUUUCAGUAAUAUUGGAUAUGAGAAGAUACAACUGGUAAAAUUUUAUUCUGCAUUGAGAAUUUCUAAAUUAAGUUGGGACGAGAUCGAUGCUAUAGAAGAAAA